GAAAUAAAAAAAAACUAAUAUUUAAAAUGGCAGAGACUGACACUAUGUUAAAAGGAGUGAAAGCUCCUCCAGAGAUAUUUAGUAUUGAUGCAGAAGUUCAAGCAUUAAGACGACAAAAAUUAACAUGUGGUACAAGAAUAGGAAAAUUUUUUCAAUAUCAUUGGAAAGGAGUUGUAGUCCUUUUAUUACCAAUUUUAUUUUCACCUUUAUUAUUUAUAGAAACACAAUAUGUUAAGGAAUACAGAUGUCUGUACAUAUUACUUGUAAUGUCAUUUUUUUGGUUAACAGAAGUUUUACCAUUACCUGUAACAUCAAUGAUUCCAAUAGUGGCGUUUCCAGUGGCGGGAAUUAUGUCAUCGGAAGCCACUUGCGCUUUAUACUUUAAAGAUACUCUUGUUAUGUUCAUUGGAGGUAUUAUGAUGGCCUUAGCUGUAGAACAUUGUAAUCUGCAUAAAAGAUUAGCUUUAAGAGUUAUACAAAUUGUGGGCUGCAGUCCCAGAAGAUUACAUUUUGGUUUGGUUAUUGUUACAAUGUUUAUAUCAUUAUGGAUAAAUAAUGCAGCUGCUACUGCAAUGAUGUGUCCAAUUAUUCAAGCCGUUUUAGAACAAUUAGAAGCACAAGGCAUGUGUAAAUUACAUAGAGAUGAUGUCAAGAAAUCAGAUGAUGAACCGCCAUAUCCAUCAAAAAUAACAAUGUGUUUUUAUAUGGGAACAGCAUAUGCAGCUACAAUGGGUGGUUGUGGAACAAUCAUUGGGACAGCAACAAAUUUAACAUUUAAAGGCAUAUAUGAUGGAAAAUUUCCAAAUGCCAAAGACUCAAUUGAUUUUGCAACAUUUAUGUUCUAUUCAGUCCCACCGAUGUUAAUUUAUACAUUUUUAAUGUAUUUAUAUAUGCAAUGGGCAUAUAUGGGUUUAUUUAGACCAAAUAGUAAAGAAGCAAAAGAAGUUAAUCUUGGUGACGCUGGCGCACAAGUUGCUCGUAAAGUUAUAGAUGAAAAAUAUGAACAAUUAGGACCGAUGAGCUGUCAUGAAUUCUCUGUGAUGAUAGCAUUUAUUUUAAUGAUUCUUUUAUAUUUCACUAGACAUCCAGGUAUUUUUACUGGAUGGGAUAGUUUAUUUGAAUCUGAAAUUAAGAACGCUUCACCAACAUUAUUAGUUGUCAUUUUAUGUUUCAUUUUACCAGCUAAUUAUGCGUUUUUGAAAUGGUGUUCAAAAAGCACUGACGUUCCUAAUAAAACUAUUAAUUCUCUACACUCAUGGAAAUUUAUUCAACAAAAAGUGCCAUGGGGUUUGAUUUUCUUGCUCGGUGGUGGAUUUGCAUUAGCUAAGGGAACAGAAGUUAGUAAGUUGGAUAAAUUACUUGGGCAAGGAUUAAAAGGACUUAAAGGACUUCAUCCAUUAGUUUUAUUAUUAGUUGUUAUAUUAUUUGCUGAAUUUGCAACAGAAUUUAGUUCAAAUGUUGCUAUGUGUAACAUAAUAGUUCCAGUUUUAAUAGAAAUGUGUUUAGCAAUAGAAAUUCAUCCAUUGUAUUUAGUAUUACCAGCUGGAUUGGCUUGUAGUAUGGCCUUUCAUUUACCAGUGGCGACACCGCCAAAUGCUAUAGUGGCGAGUUUUGCUAAUAUACGAACAAAAGAUAUGAUAAUAUGUGGAAUUGGUCCAUCACUCAUUACAAUAGUAGUUUUAUUUAUUUCAUGUCAAACAUGGGGUUUAGUUAUUUAUCCAAAUUUAAUGGAUGGGUUACCAGAUUGGAUUGAACGUGUUAAUCAAACAAUUGCACAAACAGCUUUAGCAAAUAAUACAUUGCAUUUGUAAUAGUUAUAAUAAAUAAAAACAAAAUAAAAAAUUAAUUUAAAAAUGCAUUCGAUGGCUACAAAACUUAGUUAAUUUUGUUCUUAAGAUUUUAGUUUCUGUUCGAUUUUUUUUUAUUAUUUUUCUUCAUUAUUAGAUUUUUUUUUUAAAUUUACAAAAUAAUAUCAUUGCAUGAAUCAUCAACUUUUUGUAUGUUUAUAUCAUUAUCUUAAAUGAAGAUAAAGCAUUUCUUAAAACAAAAAGAAUAUAAAAUAAAUUAGAAAAUACUUAAUAAAAUAAUUUUUAUUUUAA